UUUGUGCUUGCUAGUGUAAAAGAAGAGAAAACCCCUAAUUCGAUGAUCUACCUAGUUCCUGAUCUACUUGAAGAAAUUUGCCUUGGAUUGCCGUUGAAAUCUAUCCUCAAAUUCAAAACUGGAUCCAUCUAUUGGUUGGAUGUUCUUACUUUUCAGAUACUAGCUUUGGAUCUUCACACAGAAGAGUUUCGUGAUGUUCCGUUUCGUAAUCUUCCUUCAAGACCGCGUUCACUAGCGAUCACAGAUCAGCUGGUGAACUUUGACGACCGUAGUCAACCAUCGUCAAUGAAUUUCAGACCAGUGACGGUCACUAAGCAAGGGAAUCUUUUCUUCCAUGACAACGAGAAUAGGUUGUUCAAAUAUUAUCCAAAGAUUAACCCCCUUCGUUGCAUCUCAGAUACUUGGGUUAUAUCUCCUUUCGUUGAAAAUUUGGUCCCAUUUGAACAUCAUAAUUCUGUUCCCAUAACAUCCGGGUACCAAUAUGAAAUUCAGUAUCUAGACGAGCAUGAGAGAAUUAAUGAGCAGAGCUCCCGGAUAUCCAAAGUUUUAAGAUGGAUCAAAUUGCAAACCCCAACUAUAUUACUUACAACAAGUGUUGUGUCUCUGGUAAUUUUUCGCCAUUAUUGUGUUUUAUUUAGGUCUUGAUUUUAGUAUUUACUAUAUUCGGACCCGCACGUAGGUGAGGGAUUAUGUUUGUAAACAUUUUUAUCGAUAUAGUAAUCGAUAUUGAGUUUGGUUUUCGAUUUGGUUUUAAUCCAAUUUACAAAUGUUUGAAUGUUUGAAAUAAUAAUGGAUUUACUUGUGUCUUAAAA